AUGCAGAUCCCCCACACUGACACACCCACCAAUGCACAUGUAACCCCACACACACAUGUACCUAUCCCCUAACCUCUUCCUUCAGCUGAUGCCCGUUGUGUUAUUGUUGGGAUUUUCAACCGAGAUAUCUCUUGUCGUCCCCAAACCCAUUAUUGCCCUUUACAUUUCUCUCCUUUUUACUUUCCAACCUCUUCCUUAUAACCAAUUGACACCAAACACCGACAUUUUACUCCGCGAGAUUCCUUGUCACUAACUAACUAACACAAUGUUGUUGUCUUGUUUUCUAACCAUUUUGAGCCAUGGUUGACUUCCAGUUUUCCAACCUUAGUAAUAUUCCUUUUUCUCCCCAAAUCAAAACUAACAAUCUUUGUUUCAAGAUUAAGUUCUAAAAAUGUUUGGCUUCUCUCGCAAGCACAAGAAACUUGGAAGAGUGAAGAAGGUUCAGCUUUCUGACACUUCACAAGGAACUAGAACUCCUAUUAGGCACCCUAAACGAAAUGGAAACUCUAAUGGUGACGGAGUUGCCGGGACUAGUGGUCAUUCUUCUUCUGAGGAAAUUGACUAUCAAGUUUCAUCUACUGCACCUGAGAUAAGUAAUUGUGCAUCAGGUAGUUCAGAGAAUUGGAUGGUGUUGUCAAUUGCAGGAGAUAAGCCCGUUCCUAGAUCCUAUCAUGCAGCAUGUGUCAUUGAGAAUAAGAUGAUUGCGGUUGGUGGUGAAUCUGGGAAUGGAUUGUUAGAUGACGUGCAGGUUCUAAAUUUUGACACAUUUUCAUGGACCACAGUGUCCUCCAAGCUAUACUUGUCACCAAGUAGUCUUCCGUUACAGAUUCCAGCUUGCAAGGGUCAUUGUUUGGUUUCUUGGGGAAAAAAGGCACUCCUUAUUGGAGGGAAAACAGACCCUGGAAGCGACAAAAUUUCUGUAUGGGCGUUUGACACAGAGACCGAGUGCUGGUCACUCAUGGAAGCAAAGGGAGACAUACCGACUGCUCGCAGUGGUCAUACAAUUGUUAGGGCUAACUCUACUUUGAUAUUGUUUGGGGGAGAAGAUUGCAAAAAGAGGAAAUUGAAUGAUCUACAUAUGUUUGAUCUCAAGUCUUUGACAUGGCUUCCACUUCAUUGCACGGGAACAGCACCUUCUCCGAGAUGCAACCAUGUCACAUCUCUUUACAAUGGUAAAAUUCUUUUUGUAUUUGGAGGAGUAUCAAAAUCUAGGACGUUGAAUGACUUGUACUCUCUCGACUUUGAAACGAUGGCAUGGUCAAGAAUAAAGGUGCGUGGUUUCCAUCCAUCACCGAGAGCUGGUUGCUGUGGUGUUUUAUGCGGCACAAAGUGGUAUAUUGCAGGUGGUGGAAGCAGGAAAAAACGACAUGGAGAAACUUUGAUAUAUGAUAUUAAAAAAAGUGAAUGGUUUCUAGAAAUUGCAUCACCUCCUUCUUCUAUCACUACCAACAAGGGAUUUAGCUUGGUCCUUGUGCAGCACAAGGAAAAUGACUUUCUUGUUGCAUUUGGGGGAUCCAAAAAAGAGGCAUCAAAUCAGGUGGAAGUGUUGAAGACAGAAAAAAAUGAAUCUGCUUCCAGAAGACAUCCAACUACCACCAAAGGUUCAGGAUCUAUACUUGAAAAACAUUCAUCAUCCAGUCAACAUAGAAAUGACUCUUCCCAGCGUUUCAUCGACUCUAUUGUUAGACAAAAUCUAAUAUCUGCAAUUGAACAUGGUUCUGAAAGGAAAUCUCUGUCAGAAGCUCUGUCUGUACAAGAUUCUGGUUCUAUCUCUACCAACAUCUCCCUUCACAGUCAAUUUGAUCCUGAUUUAGAAUUCAAUGUAGAUGAUAGGGGUGACAAGCAUUCCGAAGAUGAAAGCUCUUUCCCUCGGGUGGCAGAUCAAAGAACAAACCAAAAUGACACCGGACAUCAGAUGAACACAAGAGAAGCCAAAAUCAACAUGGAGGAACAGGUUUUAUUAUCGGGAGAUUUGAUUCGAAGAAAUCUAGGUUAUGGAAAUACCAUGUUAGAAAGUGAUCACGAGUCAUUCCAUGAAAACGUUAAAUCAGGAACACUGUCUACUGCUUCAAAUAUAUAUAAUUGUUAUGAAACUAAAUUGACCUCCCUAACAAGAAAAUUUGGCAUUCUGGAGGCACAAUUGGCAGCUUCAUUAGAAUUCAAAGAAGCUGCUGAGAAAAAUUUAGCAUCCGCUUCUAAAAGCAAGCAAGAGAUGGAUAAAAAAAUGACCGACGCACUAAAGGAAAUUGAAUUACUGAGAGAGAAGCUGGUUGGUGCAGAGUUAGCUCAAGAAGAGGCUAACAACCUAUCUGACAUUGUUCAUUCUGACAAUGUAAGGCUCGAACAUGAUGUGGCUUUCCUCAAGGCUAUUUUAGAUGAUACACAAAAGGAAUUGCAGUCUACAAGAGGAGUUCUUGCAGGAGAAAGAGCCAGGGCAUUCCAGUUACAGGUUGAAGUUUUUCACCUCAAACAGAGACUGCAGUCGAUGGAAAAUCGAGCCCCUACUCCGAGGAAACCUUUUCAUGUGUAGUGAGGUGGCCCCAAUGGUCAAAUAUAAUUUCAGCAAACCAAAAAUGAACAGACAAAGCACUUGUAAGGGAAGUGCAUUUUGAGGAUGGCAUUGAAGACUUGGACAUCCUCCAAAUAUGCAGUGUUACUGCAUUAUUACUGGAAUUGUCCUUUGGUCACACAAAUCAAAUGUGACAAGAUUGAGUCCACAGAGUUUCAUUGAAACAGUUAAAUAAAUAUUAGUUUAUAGUUCAUUGUUCUGUAACUGUAAUCGAAUCAUGAUGUAUUUAAUUUAACAAUAGUAAUCGAUGUUUUGUAAUGGUGCGUAAUAUUGAGUAAUAAAUUAACAACAUUGUAAAACUAAAAUACUAAAAGACAAAAAACAGGAAUAAUUAUUUAUAAGG